AUGGAUAAGUUUCUCAUCAAGUUACCAAAGCCAAAAGAUGGCCAACCAAGUUCUAGCUCUAAUCAACCAUUUGUGAGUUCACAAGUUGCUCCGGAAGUUCAAAGUCAUACAAAUUCUUUUCCACUUUCAAAUAUGGAUAAUAUGCUUGAUUUUAAAUCUCUGAAAGCAGAUUCCAAAGAUCGAAUGCCUAUUUCAUUUUAUUGUCCUAAUAUUCGAGAUGCGAUAAGGAGGUAUUACAUUCAAAAAAAGCCAUGUAAACCUAUUGAUCAUAUCUUCCCUAAAACUAAGUUUGGAGAUAAAAUGCGUCAAUUUCGACCAACUUGGUUUAAGAGAAGAUCUCAAUGGUUGGACUAUAGCAUUAAAGCAGACACAACAUUUUGUUUGUGUUAUUAUUUGUUCAAGAAUGAACUUGAAAGUCGAGGAAAUGCCGGAGAUUCAUUUACAAGAGAUGGUUUUAGGUGUUGGAACAAAGCUUUAGAAAGAUUCAAAAAACAUGUUGGUAAGGUAAAUAGUAUCCAUCAUAAAUGUUUCAAUAGGAUGCAAGAUUUGAAAAACCAACGACAAUCGAUCCAAUCUUCUUUUGACAAGCAAAGUGAAAAGGCAAGAAGUGAUUAUCGGAUGCGUUUAAAUGCCUCAAUUGAUGUAGCAAGAUUUCUCUUGACAUCGGGAUUUUCAUUUCGUGGACAUGAUGAAAGUGAAGGUUCUGAAUAUAAGGGUGUUUUUCUUGAACUUUUGAAAUGGUAUGGGGAUAGAAGUUUUGAUGUGGAAAAAGUAAUAUUAGGUAAUGCUCCACAAAAUGAUAUGAUGAUUUGUCCGACAAUUCAAAAAGAUAUUGUGGAGGCUUGUGCUAAAGAAACAACUAAGGCUAUCAUUGAAGACUUGGACGGUGAUUAUUUUGGAAUAUUAGUUGAUGAAUCAAAGGAUGUUUCUCAUAAGGAGAAAAUGGCUCUAAUUUUGAGAUAUGUCAACAAAAGUGGAAUGGUGAUAGAGCGAUUCUUGGGUAUUGUCCACGUCUUUCCAAAAAGAAUUCGGAUGUGGAUAAUUUUUUUUUAUGUUCUCACUAAUAUUUUGAAUACUAUUGGAGCUUCAUUUAAACGCAGAGAUUCACUUCGACAACAUCAAGAAGAUAAGUUAGAAGAGUUGCUUAAGUUCAUACAGUGCAAGGAUAUGAAACAUGAUUGUCCAUAUCAUCUUGAUAGAUUUGCGGCAGAAAAUCUUUUGAGCAAGAUUCAUGAAUUUGAAUUUGUCUUUAUGUUGCACUUGAUGUUUAAGGUGUUGCUAUUGACGAAUGAGUUGAAUAAAGUUUUACAAAAGAAAGAUCAAGAUAUCGUUAAUGCUAUGGGAUUGCUUGACCUUUCAAAGAAACGAUUACCAAUGAUGAGAGAGGAUUAA